GGGGUUCCGUAAAAUUCGGCUCUGCCUGUAACGGGAAACACGUGAGCGCUAUCAGUAGUGAAACUUUCAAGUUACGUCAAGCCAAAAACUAAAUUUUUCGGCAACGAUCGUUGAAAAUGAAACUAACCAGAAUAGAAACAAAAAGGAUCCUCACAGUGAUUUUAGCAUUCCACAUGACAUCUAUACAUGUUGAUGCUUCUCAUGAUGAGGCUCUGAGGAUCCUGAUAGUGGGAAUCAGAGGUCAGUCCAGAUUCAGCGCUGCAGAUCUUCUGUCAGGAAGGAAAGAUGGUGGACAGGAGGACAGAGAGAUUGUAAAGACUCCAGUAAUUACAGACGAGGGUCGUAUGAUGCUGGUCACUGGACCAAACCUCUGUGAGGAGGACACAGCGAGACAGACCUUCACAACAGCGCUGUUUCUCUCGUCUCCUGGACCUCAUGCCGUUUUAAUGGUCCUGGAAAAUCAACAAUCACAACAGUGUGAUAUUGUGAAACGAGCCCAGGAGCUGCUGGGAGAAGAAGUCCUGCAGUACUGCAUUGUUCUUCUGCUCCAAAAUCACCAGGAACAUCUCACAGGAGCGUCCAGAGAAAUGAUCAACGCAUGUGGAGGAAGAUUUCACGUGAUGGGAGACUCUAAACCAAAACCUGCUGAAAAAGCAGCUCUUCUAGCAGAAGUAGACAAGUUAGUUUGGCUCAGAACGUAUUCAGUGUUGACACAAAAGUUAGAAACGGAAAAGCUGGAACUUCUACAAAGACUACAAGAAAUUGAGAACAAACUUAAAGAAGAGACCAACAGAAAUAUAAAUGAUGAAAAUCCAGUCUUGUCUGUAAUAUAUGACACUUCAGGAGGAGUUGGAACUGUAGGAUGGAUUUUCUUUAUUGUACUCAGUGCUGUUGUUAUUUUCACCAAAGGGAAGCAUGAACUUUGUAGUUUUGGAGCAGUAUUAUGCGUAUUUGCUAUUUUCUUGGUCAUAUUAAGAAAUAAUCUGAGUCCGAAUGUUGCUGUACCGAUAAAUAUGACUCUUUGCACAUUGUGUGUUAUUACAACUACAUGCAUUAGGUUACUGGAGUUAAACAUACUGUUUAGGUUUUUUGUACUUGUAUUGUUCAUUUUAGGAUUACCUUUAGGACUGAUCCUGGGAACAGUGACCAGCAUAAAGACGUGGUCAGAUGUGCUCAUAGCAUGCAGUGCGGCUCCUGGCGUCACGCUCGGGGCUAUUUUAACCACAGUGUUUUGCACUUCGUCCAAUCAAAAGAAUGACGGGACUGUUCUCAACAUUGCAUUUCAGUCAUUCCUGUUUUGUUCAUUGGGAGCGAUGCUGUCAAUGGGGUUAGUAACUGUGUUCUGUUGGAUGUUUACUCUGCUGGGUGUGAAGAUGACAACAACUCUGGCAAUAUUGGGAUUUACAACAGGCGGUUUCCAUUAUAAGAUGGAAAUGUUUCUGUUUGCAGUUUUUAUCCUGAUAGUUCCAUGUUGUUGUGUAUUUAUUGGUUCUGUCAUUUUAGUUUUAUAAAUGGCACUUCAUGUAGAGCGAAAGUUUUAUUUGUCUACUUCUAAACAUCCAGCGUUAGAUAUUCAUCAUAGUGUUAUUUUUUAGAUCUCAUACAGGUGUAGAAAAUAUUAUCAUGAAAGAAACAAUUCAUUGUGUCAAAAAAAUUUAAAUGCACACAAUUAAAUCACAUUUUAACACUGUUUGCAUAAUUUUGCAUAAAAUGUAAUGGAUUUUUUUUAUGGUGCAUGUAUUAAAAAAAAAAAAAAAACUUUCACACUUUGCAUUUAACAUUAAAUUGUAUAGGUUAUCUCAUGUAGUUGCAACCAAAUGCCUCAAAUGUAUAAUAAUCAUAAGCUUUUAAAAACAUAUUUUUGAUAUGAUAAUUUUCUCUGCCUGUGUUAAUGCUAACUGCAUAAUUUUUUGGCUCAGGUGUGUAUUUUUACUGGAAUUGUAAUAUUUCACCCUCAUUUCCUUCAAUAAAUCUAAUUUACACUAGGUACAAAAAAUAGUUCCUCAACACCUUUUGGACAAAAAUGUCCUCAUUGAAACCCAUUAAAACUGCAAUUUUUAAUCCCAGGGCCAUUCAGCAUUAAAAUAUGCAGUAUUUGUUAAUAGGCUUUCAUUCUGUUGGCAAGUCUUCAGAAUUAAAAUUUGUACUAUUUUUUACUGUGGUGCCAUUUUUUUCAAGUUUGGCAUAUAAAGCAAAUUUUCGCUUUAUUCCUGUUUUCUGCUUAUGCAUAUUAUAGAGUCAGUGUGUUUGUGUGCGCGCACGUGUAAUGUUUGAGAGAGAGAAAUGAUACUCCUGGAAUCUAAUGGGAAAAGUUUGGUACUGCACCUAAACAAAAUCUUACUAAAAGCUAUUUUUUUGAGAUAUCAACCUCACGUUUGGAACACAACUUGUUUAGAUUUAUGGCUUUGAUUUUCUAUCAAUUUUAGUACAAAUUGUUAUAUAAAAUAUAUAUUUAAAAACACUUUCAUGAACUUAAACCUCUAUAACAUUUUUGGUUUCAAUUUUUACAACUUUUUUAACUUCAACAAUAAUCUGCCAAGGGUCUUCUUUAAAAUAAGACCAAACUUAAGUCUGUACUCCCAAGCUUUAAAUUUUAUGAGAGUUUUUGACAUGGACACUUUUGUCCUCUAUGAACCUAUGUGUAACUUUUUUAAAUUGAUGCACAAGGGUUAAAUUCUGCAAAUAUUUGAAUUUACAAUAGUGUAUUUUCAUUUAAAGAAUAGAACUGUUUACAUUGUUUUUAAACUGGUUUUUCAAUGUUUUAG